AUGGCGCCACCACCUAACAAUGUCGAGACCAAGUUCUACGAUCUGCCAUUCCACCGCAGGAACCUGAAUCCAGCUGGUUUAAACACGACAUUUCACAGCAAACAACACAACAGCAACCCGUUUAUGCCUCGGUCGUCUUCCAUGUUUUCACGUCAUGAUCGAAAAUGGCGGUGGUGGCACUAUUUGACGCUCCUCUUGAUUGUAUUUGGUGUCUUUCAGGCACUGGCGUUGAUCACUGGAUCCAAGGUGUUACAUGGCCAACAACCUGCUCUACGCAUUGCUCUUCGUCAAUAUCCACCUAUUCCAUAUAAGCAACUUGAUGCAAGCACUUUGCCUAUUGAUCGAGGCGCCAUUGUGUACCACGUUAGCAAGGAAUUUGGACCUGCGACAUCGACUCAAUUGGGUGUCACGGUGACAGCACUUGCCGCUGCACAGCAACAACGAACCGAAGCCAACGUGCGUGUGGUGAUGCCUUACUACUCGUUCCUGAAAAACAAGUACGACAUUGAAAAGGUGACCGAUUUGACGAUUGAUGUACGCGACAAAAAGAAGCGCUUGAUACCUAUUGAAUUUCGCGUAUGGCGUAUGGAUUAUGUAUUCAAUCCUCGUGUCAAUGUCACCGAAUACGCACCCAAUGAACGGAUCCCCGUGUAUUUGAUUGGUCCUGGCAAUCGACGCCCUUUCAGUCAAGCUUUUCGUGCACGUAAUCCCACCCAGAUCUAUCAAUGGAAUGCACAGGCAACUGGUUUGCCUCAUGAAUGGCACGAGCAAUUCUUUGCCAAAGCAGCCUCCGCCUUUUUGACGCAUCAAGCAACAGCCGUCGAUGAAGUUUCUUUAUUCGCUCCUCUUGGAUUGGCUCCCCAUAUCGAUGUUGUUCAUUUGCAUGGUGCAUCCACUGGCUAUAUCGCCAAGCACUUGCAUGACAAACGCAUGUUGAACCAAUUGGGCCGUAAACCUCCCGCCGUUGUAUACACCAUGCAUAACUAUCUCGAUGAAUCACGCUAUACUCACAGCAUUGCCAGCAUCAACAAAUUCCAAGACGAAUUGAGAGAUCAACAGCACAUGCAACCUUAUACGCGUGGAUCACGUGUCUUUAUGGCAAGCCUUGGUAUGGAUCAUGCUACCAUGGUUACGGUUGUUGGCGAACCUAUGGCAUCCGAUAUGGUAGAAGGCCGACUUGAUUUCCCACUUAAGGAGCUUGUCAUGGAAAGUGUCUUGCGCAAGGCUCAACAUUCUCGAUUCUAUGGCAUCAGCAAUGGCCUUGACCUUACUCAACUCAAUCCAUUCACUGAUUCGCGCCUUGUCACUCGCAAGUUUGGAUAUCCAGAAUAUGCUCUCGAUCUCAUUAUGCGCAACAAUGAUCAGUAUCCAGCCAAUGUACAGCAACGUAUUGCAUGGCCAUUAUCCGGAUUGCCCAAUGAUUAUUUGACAACAUCUAAAGAUCGCGCCAAACGUUUCCUUGUCAAGCGUUCCUUGUUGUUGGAGGAGGAUUUGCAACGACCUUUAGCCGUGUAUGUGGGUACACUUGAUGAUGCUACGAUGCCCUCUCUUUUGAAUGCUGCACGUUCAUUCCACGCCAACAAUGUCAAGUUUAUUGUGCUUGCACCUGAGAGUGGUAGUGAUCAAGAUUUAGCACGAUGUGAUCAAUUGAAUGCACAAGGCGAUGUGAUUGCCAUGGCAACCCCGAAGGAAUUUCGACGAUGGAAUAUCUUUGCACGUGCCGCUGCCGAUUUUGCGUUUGUGGUCAAUGAAGAUCCUGUUGGUAUGCCAGCUGCCCAAGGAUUAUGGUUUGGUGCUCCCGUGAUCAUGAACAGCAAUAGUGUCCCUGCCUACUUGCAUGAUCGACCUGCAGCCGCUACAUGGUCCACCGCUGAGCCUGAACGUGAUAUUCAUAUUAUUCGUGACAAGCAAACGCGUAUUCCCACUGUCACCAGUUCCGAGACCUACAAUGCCUAUUUAUAUACUGCCGAUGAGGAUAUGGUACAAGCGGUUGAGGAUGCUGUCAAUGAUUAUAAGCGUAAUCAUGCAAGCAAGGUAUUACGUGAGGAAUUCGCAUUGCGUAUGAUCAGGGCUGCGUACCAGCUGGGAUGGCAUCGUCGUGACCUUGAAGGUCCUGUCCAUGAUUAUGGCCGUGUUUACAGACUCGCUAUUGCUGAUCGGCCACUUGUAUCCAUUGCACGACAUGAAAUUGAUGAAGAAGAAGCUCUCCUGAGGAGGCUAUUACGGCAACGUCAACGCAACAAUUUUCACCUAAGUGAUGGCGAUGCAUAG